GGGGGGGGGGGGGGUCCUCGCGGGCGCGCGGAAAAAAACGCGCCAAGUUUGCGGGCGCGCGGCCCGCGGUCUCCAUGGCAACGGCGAGCGGGAGCGGGGCCGCGAUGUAGCGGUGUGAGCGCCGCGCCCCGCUCCAGCCAUGCCCGGCGUCCUGCCCGCCGACACCGCCAGGGCCAGCCCCGGCAGGAAGAACAGGCUGUCGCUGAAGCUCUUCCAGAAGAAGGAGGCGAAGAGAGCGCUGGAUUUUACCGAGGCGCAGGAAAAUGAGCAGAAGGGCGCGGAGUUCAGAGGCGCCGAGAUUGACCAGGUCGUUCCUGCAGCACAGCCUCCCUCCCUUGUCAGCUGUGAGAAAAAAGACAACAUGUUGCCUUUUGUGGGCUUGAACAACCUGGGGAACACCUGUUACCUGAACAGUGUCCUGCAGGUAUUAUAUUUCUGUCCUGGUUUUAAAACUGGAGUAAAACAUUUAUAUAACAUCAUUUCAAAGAAGAAAGAAUCUUUGAAGGAUGAAGGAGAGCAAAAGGCAGAAAAGGCAAGUUGUAAGGAAGAUCCCCUGGCAAGUUAUGAGCUCAUCUGCAGCUUGCACUCCUUGAUUCUGUCAGUUGAACAGCUUCAAGCCAGUUUUCUCCUAAACCCAGAAAAGUACACAGAUGAACUUGCUACUCAGCCCCGAAGGCUCCUGAACACCCUCAGAGAGCUGAACCCCAUGUAUGAAGGGUACCUGCAGCACGAUGCCCAGGAAGUCUUGCAGUGUAUCCUGGGAAACAUCCAGGAAACAUGUCAGCUGCUGAAGAAGGAAGAGUUGAACAAACUGCCCAUGGAGGAACCUGCAUCUAAAUUGGAGGAAAAACUCAACCCAAACCCUGAGAGCAACGGGACUGGCAGCGCUGCCGAGGAGGAGGAUCCCGCUCCGAGCAGCCAUGACGGAGACGCGUCCGAGGACAAGCUGCUCAAGGGACAUGGGAAAAGGAAAAGUGACGCCGAGGGUGGCAACGCCAAGAAAAAAUCCAAAGUGUCAAAAGAGCAAACUGCAGCAGAGGAAAAUCAAAGGCAGACCAGGUCAAAGAGGAAAGCGACAGGGGAAAAGUUGGAAACCCAAAGCGACGCCAUCGCCAAGUGCUCUGGGGACAGCGAGGGCGCAAAGCCCACGCAGAAGAAGUCACGGCUUAGGUUAAACUGGUUAAAAUCCUCGUGCAAGCAGCCCAGCAUUCUGUCCAAAUUUUAUAGUCUAGGAAAAUUAACUACAAACCUGGGAUCCAAAGACCCAGGGAAAGAAUAUGACUGUGAGCUCGAAGAGUCAUCUGCCAAGUGUGAAAAUGGUGACAGUAAAGAAGAAUAUCAUGAACCGGCAUCUCCUGUGGAAAACCACCAUGAAAAGCGAACUGAAAAAGAACCAAAAAAGGAAGGUACAGAACUGGCUGUCUUUGAACUGGUGGAGAAACUGUUCCAGGGCCAGUUAGUGCUGAGAACAAGGUGUUUGGAGUGCGAGUGCUUUACUGAAAGGAGAGAAGAUUUUCAGGACAUCAGUGUUCCAGUGCAAGAAGAUGAACUUUCUAAAGCUGAAGAGAGUUCUGAAAUUUCUCCAGAGCCAAAAACAGAAACGAAGACUCUGAAAUGGGCAAUUUCACAGUUUGCCUCAGUGGAGAGGAUUGUGGGAGAGGACAAAUAUUUCUGUGAGAACUGCCAUCACUACACGGAAGCCGAGCGCAGCCUUUUAUUCGAUAAAAUGCCCGAAGUUAUAACAAUUCACUUGAAGUGCUUUGCUGCCAGUGGCUUGGAGUUUGACUGCUACGGGGGCCUGUCCAAGAUCAACACUCCGCUGCUGACGCCGCUCAAGCUGUCCCUGGAGGAGUGGAGCACCAGGCCCACCAACGACACCUAUGGAUUAUUUGCCGUGGUCAUGCAUAGCGGCAUCACCAUCAGCAGUGGACACUACACGGCCUCUGUCAAGAUCACGGAUCUCAGCAGCCUGGAGCUGGACAGGGCCACCUUCAUGGCCAACCCCACGUACGCCGUGCUCAAACCGGAGCCGCUCAACGAGGAGGAGGCCAGAGCCGUGAGCGACGACUACGACGACGGUGAGGUCUCCUUCAGGGUCAAUGGUGCCACCCAGCUGGGCAAGGUCCUUAGCAAGAAGAACGUGGAAGCUGUGGGACUGCUCGGGGGGCAGAAGAGCAAGUCUGACUGUGACCUGUACCCCAACAAACCAGCCAACCCCGAGAAGUUCCUCAGUGUGGUCACGGAGAGCAGGAGCCCCGAGCGCAGCGCGGGGAGCGCAGAACACAGCGCGGAGCACAGCGAGGCCAACGGGGUGGGAGCCAGCGGCCUGGAAAACAAGGCUCUGUAUGUGCUCCAGAGCCUCAAGGAGUAUGAGGGCAAGUGGCUGCUCUUCGAUGACUCUGAAGUGAAGGUCACAGAAGAAAAGGACUUUCUGAAUUCUCUUUCUCCGACAUCGUCAUCUACAUCGACUCCUUACCUACUGUUUUAUAAGAAAAUUGUAGAGUGAUACUGUACUUUGACUGUAAAUAUUUGGGAUUUGCAUACACCUCUUGGUCUGAUUUGCAUCCAAACUACCUGGAAGAAACGGCUGUUUUGUUUUUUGAAGCUACUGAUUCUUCAUGUUUUUGGUCUUUUUCUUCAGUGUAAAGUGGCUCAACUUGAAUUAACAAAACAUGACAUACAACUUGACUCACACAUUAACUUUUCUGCUGGAGAAUAGUGCUACAACCUUAUAGAAAUACCAGUUUGUAUAGAUCCUAAACAAAGCCUACAGCACCCAAUAGUGGUUUUAAUGCAUCUCUAGGUCUCAGACAUACCUAUUGUAUUAUUAGCUUCUUUUUUUUUUUCUUUUUUUUUUUUCUUUUNAAUAAAAUUUAUUUGUAUUCAUACCCUGGAGUAAAUGUAUAUUAACUAGCAAAUUUCACCAAAAGUUGUGUAUUUUUGUAACUUGGGAAGUAACACUUCAUAUUUAGUCUUUGGGUAAUUGAUGUGGUUUAUUCUGAUCCUUUUCCUUCCUGCUUUGUGCAACUCAGAGCACAAGGAAAAGGGUCUUGGAACCUUGUUUAGUGCAUUGGAGGGACCUGAACUUCAUAGAAAUGCUUGACUGGCCUGAUUUGCAUCUUGUUGCAUAGGUGUUAAAGGGCAAAGUGUAAAUAGGAGUGAUUAAUACUUCAACACAGGGGCAGAGUGUAGUGUAAUUAAAAUAAUUUUGUACUUUGAAGAGUGGAGCCCUCUGAUCUGCAUAUAUGUCUGGGUGAGUUUGGAACUUAGUGGUGACCUUUUAACAGUUAAUUUGUACCUGAGCUCACUGCAAAAUAGGAAAAUGAAAGCAUUUGGCUUUGAUGCUUUGUUAAGAAUGUAUAUAUGAAAUAAAAAACUUAUGAUACUCAUCUGA